UAAUUCGAAAAUCGUUGUAGUUGGUGUGAGAUGUGAGUCGUAGGUCGUGUAGGUGUUUGGUGUUAGGCAUUUCCAUUUUACUUGCUGUUCAGUUUUGUGAUUGUGAAUAAUUGUAAUCCUACAGGUGCUUUUUUUGUACGAUGAGAGUAGGUAUUCAAAACUUAAAUUAACUGCAGUGUAUAAUUUCUUCAAAAUGGACCAAAAUAAAGUUGUUAACGUACUUCAAGAAAUCGGCGGUUUAAAUCUUUCGGAUAAAUACACAGUCUAUAUUAGUCUCCUGAAUGAUCUGAAAAACGAAGAAGGGCAACUCGUAGAACAUUGCCAAAAUGUCCAUUCGUUUGAUUUCUUGAAAAAUUUACUAAGGACCAAAAAGGAAUUCGCCAUCCGAAACCUAACAACUGUAUUGCCGCUGUUGAAAACAAGAGAUGUGGAUACGAAAAAUUUGAUUCUGAAAAUUCUUCCGGUGAUGUUCAGCUAUGUUACAUUGUACGAUACGGAAAUAAAUAACGUAUUCAAAAUUUGUGACAUUAUCCGCGUUCAUCCGGCAUUUAGUUCUGAUCAAGAGUUAUUCACCCAGUGGCUGUUGGUUUUUGAAAGACGAAGGGAAAACCCAGAUAGAAAAUUCCUUUACAAAGAGGAGUUCUACUUUCACGAGCUCCCAAAACUCAAGACCGAUGGGUACUGUACGCUGGCAAAUUCCAUCGGGUAUGGCGAUAUUGUCUUAUUACGAACUGUCCAUCGGUGGUUGAGAGUAUUGAGGCUACAUAAGUAUCUCUAUUUCUUCUGCAACCUAAGCUACGACGAGAUCAUUUCCAUUAACAGCUGUAACAUUGGUUACUUUGAAAACACUGUUGGAGUGACUAAUAUGACGGUAGGCGCUCGAAACAAAAUCCUGCGUGAAGUACAAGAAUUGCGAUAUCGACAGGCUCGAUUGAAAUCGAUCAUUGAGAAAAGGCAUUUCAACGCUACCGAUUUGGAAGACGCUGCCCGAGAACUAAAGAGAAUUAUGAGGAGCCCUAUAUCCUCAGACAAAGAGACUGUGUUGAUUCGUUUUCUUAUGAAUGCGUUGAAGAAAGUCUCCGACACAUUGUACGCGUUGAUCGGCAGCAGUGAGAAAAUCAUACCGUUGUACGGUUUAAUAAUUUCCAUCCUGAAAGAAGCGUAUAAUUAUUCGUUCUUCAAUGCUGCUCAAAAAGAAAAAUUUAACCUUUGGAGAUCUCAAUUGUCAGCUAAAAUCAACAAGACAACCUCGAAUUUCGAUACAAUCAGUCACCCAAUAGCCAUUCGGCAGAGAGACGAUUAUGACUAUUUCGGAGACGAUGACGAAUCUGACGACAACUUUUCCAAUCAGUCACUUUCGCCUAUCGACCGUACCGAGAUUAUCGCCAUUCAAAUGGCGAACUUUGUUUUGCUGUGAGGUGAAUAACCUACUGCAAUGUCAAUGCGAUAGGUAUGGUACGAGUUUGAUCGUACUUCGUUAUAUUCUUACCCGUAUUUUUAGAUUGUUGUUCUGAAUUAUUUUUAUAUGGAACUGUUUUUGUAUUUUUAUAUCCUAUUUAUUAUCAUUAAGAUACCUUUUAUAAUAAUCAAACUGUUAAACAGAAUAAAAUCAUACCUAUUAGGUAUGUCACGUUUUAUAUUAUUUUACUAAAAUAUUUUUUAUUGCUAUUUGAUUAAAUUUUAUAACGAAUUAUUCGUAUUUUAAAGCUUUAGUUCGUUUUAUUUUUUUUAUUUUUUUACUUCCGGUAGCUUAAUGUGAAACAUUAUUUGUAGUUCGAUACUUCAAGUAGGCAUAUUGUUUUCCCCAGUGUCCUAUUAAUUGGUGCUCUGGAUCUAGUAUAUGUAUACCUUACUGAUUUGAUAUUCGUAAAACUUUUUGUUUUUAUUUUUCAAGUCUUUUUUAUGAACCUAAAAAAUAUUCGCCUAUUUUGAAUUUAAUAUUUACGUACUGGACUAGAUUUUGUGUGUUGUGAAUUACAAAAGUAGAUCUGAUCUGUU